AUGUUCAUUCUAGAAGCAACUACUCAAUUAUCUUUUUGGGGACCAAUUGUGUUCUUUUGUAUUGGAGUUCCAGCAGCCUUAUUUAAUAUAAUUAUUUUUAUCGGAUUCAAAACAUUUCGAAAAUCGCCCAGUGCUUAUUAUGUUGUCGGUCAAUCAUUACUCGAUGUAAGUGUUUUAUUACUUGUUCUUCUUCCAGUCAUAUCAUCAGUAUCUACGUCUGUCUCUUCAACAGUAUGCAAAUUGGGGCUCUUCUUAGCUCAAGUAACAGUGUCUGGUGCCAUGAGUUUUCUUUGCUUGACUGCAUUCGAUCGUUGGGCAUGUACAUCUAGAUCAGCUAGAGUACGUCGAUUAAAUUCAAAUCAUAUUGCACGUUAUCUUGUUUUAUUCACAUUUCUUUUUUGGUCAUUGGUGAAUAUUCCUUAUCUUAUUUUUUGUGAUUUAAUCCCACCAACAUACGUUUGUUUUUCAACGAAUGAUGUUUUUACAAAAAUUGUCUUUUACUUUCUUGCUCCUAUUUUCUCUACUGUUUUUCCUUUGCUCGUCUUAAUUAUAUUUAUUGUUCUUACACAUCGAAAUAUUCGUCUUAUCGCUCAUAUACAUGAUCAACAGCAACCUGUUAGAACUCGUUCAUCAAUGUGGGAACAACAAAUGACGAGAAUGAUGGUUGCUCAAACUAUUUUAAGUAUAUUCUGUACACUUCCUCGAGCUAUCUUUUAUACUUAUUCUGCAAUUACACUUGAACAGAAUGCAACAAAAAGUUUUAAUCAAAUUUCGAUUGAACUUCUGGUCGAUCAAUUGACAAUAUCUAUUAUGUCUAUAAAUUUUGUUUCAUCAUUUUAUAUUUAUUUUCUCUUUUCACCACGUCUUCGACAAACAAUCAAAAUACAUCUAAAAAGUCUAUGCCAUUUGACACCUAAUCAAGUUGUUCCCAUCGACAAUUCUCUUACUAUUGCACAAAAUCGUAUGAGACACCAUUAA